AUGCCUCUCAACAUCCUCAUCUGCGGUGGAGGUUGUGCUGGGCCAGCACUAGCUUUCUGGCUUGCCCGCAAUGGUCACCAAGUCACAGUGGUUGAGCGUUUCCCAGUAUUAAGAGCACAUGGUGCCCAAGUUGAUCUCCGUGGUCAAGGCAUUGAAGUGGCCAAGCGGAUGGGUCUCAUAGAUGCCAUCCGAAGCAAACUUGUCGAUGAAGAGGGAGUGGCUUUUGUGGACUCAAAGGGAAAAGUUUAUGGCACCAUGAUGGCAAAAAGAACCGGCAAAGGUGCACAGUCUUUGACAUCAGAGUACGAGAUUAUGCGUGGAGAUCUGAUUUGCAUCCUCUACGACGCUACGAAAUACAAUGUCAAGUAUAUCUUCGGCAAAACAGUCGAUAAAUUUGAUCAGGAUGAGAAACAAGUCAUUGCACAUUUCUCAGAUGGUUCUUUGGGUACAUUUGACAUACUUGUUGGUGCCGAUGGCCAGGGAUCGCGUAUUCGAAAUGCUAUUUUAUCGCCCGAGUCCCCAGAUCCAUGUUUCGGAAUGGCAACAUCAGAGCCUCGGUGGAGCAGCAAAAAGAAUUCUGGGCCCAGCGAUAUCGUGAUGCUGGAUGGGAAGUCGACCGGUUUCUGGACGGUAUGCGAAACACUCCGAAUUGGUAUUGCCAGGAAAUUAUUCAAGUUCGAACAAACACAUGGUCUAAAGGGCGGGUGGUACUUCUUGGGGAUGCAGCCCAUUGUGCUUCGCCUUUAA